UUUUUUUGCAUUUUAUUUCAGGAGACUUCCAGUGAAGAUAUGGAAAAUGAAAAUAUAACAUUGCUGACAGUGUUUGUUCUCACAGGACUUAAGUAUCAACCACAGUGGCAAAUUCCCUUGUUCCUGGUAUUCUUGGUGAUAUACCUCAUCACCAUUGUGGGGAACCUUGGACUUAUUGCUCUCAUCUGGAAUGACUCUCAACUUCACAUCCCCAUGUACUUAUUCCUUGGGAGUUUGGCACUUGUGGAUACUUCCAUAUCAUCCACAGUGACUCCCAAGAUGCUGGUCAACUUCUUCAUCAAAAGCAAGACGAUCUCUCUCUCUGAAUGCAUGGUACAAUUCUUUUCCUUUACAGUCAGUGCAACCACAGAAUGCUUUCUCUUGGCAAGUAUGGCAUAUGAUCGCUAUGUGGCCAUAUGCAACCCUUUACUUUAUCCAGUGAUUAUGACGAAUAGACUAUGCAUGCGACUGCUGGUCUCAUCAUUUGUAGGUGGUGUUCUUCAUGCCUUUAUUCAUAUAGGUUUUUUAUUUAGAUUAACCUUCUGCAGUUACAACACAAUACAUAACUUUUACUGUGAUAUUAUGCCACUGUUCAAAAUUUCUUGUACUGACCCUUUUAUUAAUAUUCUGAUGGUUUUUAUUUUCUCUGGUUCAAUACAGGUGUUCACCAUUCUGACUGUGCUUAUCUCUUAUACACUAGUUCUCUUUACAAUUUUAAAAAAGAAAUCUGUUCAAGGUAUAAGGAAGGCCUUCUCCACCUGUGGAGCCCACCUCCUCUCUGUCUCUUUAUACUAUGGGCCUCUUCUCUUCAUGUAUAUUCGUCCUGGAUCCACACAAUCAGAUGAUCACGAUAUGAUGGACUCUCUCUUUUACACUGUCAUAAUCCCUUUGUUAAAUCCAAUUAUCUAUAGCCUGAGAAAUAAAAAAGUCAUAGACUCAGUGAUGAAAAUUUUAGAGAGGAAUAUUUAG